CUUUAGCGGUAUUUACCAGUGUUAGGUUGAAACUUUUAGAAGAAAUAGGCCAAAAGGCGAAAUGAGCGCCCAUAAUCGGCAGGUCUGUUUGAACAACGCGGUCGAAGUGUUAGGCCGAAGUGGCCAGCCCGUUUCAAAAUGGCGACAACAGCGGAGCGCCUGUUAUUUCAAAUAAAAACGUUAUGGUUAUGUAAGGAAUAAUUGACGACGGGUCGUUGAAUUAUUAGAAAAUAAUGCACACCCGAGGUGGUAAUGCGGCCACGACGCGAAGCGGAGUGGCCGUUACACCUCGGGUGUGCAUUAUUUUCUAAUAAUUCAACGGUCCGGAGUCAAUUAUUCCGCUUAUACUACGGUUGCCACACCUCAAGACAUCGAUCAGAUGAUAUAUUUCAAGGGAUUCGUCCGGUUUUUCUACUUAAAUCGCUAUUGCUAUUAAAGUUUACCUUCGGAAAAGAAGGGAAAGGAAAAACACAUGGUACACCAAAAGGUGAAACUCACACUGUGAGUUUGGAGAUGAAACUCCUCUGCAGGAGUUCGAAGGUGGAAAAGACAGGAGUGCAGGAGAGCCAGGCAGUGGUGGUGGAGAGCCUGGCAAUGGUGGAGGAGAGCCUCGCAAUGAUGGAGGAGGAGAGCCAGGCAAUGGUGGCGGAGGAGAGCCUCGCAAUGGUGGAGGAGUACAAGGCAAUGGUGGAGGAGAGCCUGGCAAUGGUGGUGGAGAGCAAGGCAAUGGUGGAGAAGUACAAGGCAAUGGUGGAGGAGAGCAAGGCAAUGGUGGAGGAGGAGAGCCAGGCAAUGGGAAAGGAGAGCCAGGCAAUGGAGGAGGAGUACAAGGCAAUGGAGGAGGAGUACAAGGCAAUGGUGGAGGAGAGCCUGGCAAUGGUGGAGGAGGAGAGCCUGGCAAUGGUGGAGGAGGAGAGCCUGGCAAUGGUGGAGGAGUACAAGGCAAUGGUGGAGGAGAGCCUGCCAGUGGUGGAGGAGUACAAGGCAAUGGUGGAGGAGAGCCUGACAAUGGUGGAGGAGAGCCUGGCAAUGGAGGAGGACUGCAAGGCAAUGGAGGAGGAGAGCCUGGCAAUGGAGGAGGACUGCAAGGCAAUGGAGGAGGAGAGCAAGGGAAUUUUGGAGGAGGAGCGCAAGACAAUGGUGGAGGAGGAGAGCAAGGCAAUGGAGAGCCUGGCAAUGGAGGAGGAGAGCCUGGCAAUGGUGGAGGAGGAGAGCCUGGCAAUGGUGGAGGAGAGCCUGGCAAUGGUGGAGGAGGAGUGCAAGGCAAUGGUGGAGGAGGAGAGCAAUGCAAUAGUGGUGGAGAGCCUGGCAGUGGUGGAGGAGGAGUGCAAGACAAUGGUGGAGGAGAGCCUGGCAAUGGUGGAGGAGAGCCAGGCAAUGGUGGAGGAGAGCCUGGCAAUGGUGGAGGAGAGCCUGGCAAUGGUGGAGGAGGGCUUGGCAGUGGUGGAGGAGGAGUGCAAUGCAAUAGUGGUGGAGAGCCUGGCAGUGGAGGAGGAGUGCAAGACAAUGGUGGAGGAGAGCCAGGCAAUGGUGGAGGAGAGCCUGGAAAUGGUGGUGGAGAGCCUGGCAAUGGUGGUGACGAGCCUGGCAAUGGUGGCGGAGGAGUGCAAGGCAAUGGUGGAGGAGUACAAGGCAAUGGUGGAGGAGAGCCUGGCAAUGGUGGAGGAGAGCCUGGCAAUGGUGGAGGAGUACAAGGCAAUGGUGGAGGAGAGCCUGCCAGUGGUGGAGGAGUACAAGGCAAUGGUGGAGGAGAGCCUGACAAUGGUGGAGGAGAGCCUGGCAAUGGAGGAGGAGAGCAAGGGAAUGGUGGAGGAGAGCCUGGCAAUGGUGGAGGAGGAGAGCAAGGCAAUGGAGAGCCUGGCAAUGGUGGUGGAGAGCCUGGCAAUGGUGGAGGAGAGCCUGGCAAUGGUGGAGGAAGAGAGCAAGGCAAUGGUGGAGGAGAGCCUGGCAAUGGUGGAGGAGGAGAGCAAGGCAAUGGUGGAGGAGAGCCUGGCAGUGGUGGAGGAGGGCUUGGCAGUGGUGGAGGAGGAGUGCAAGGCAAUGGUGGAGGAGGAGAGCAAUGCAAUAGUGGUGGAGAGCCUGGCAGUGGUGGAGGAGGAGUGCAAGACAAUGGUGGAAGAGAGCCUGGCAAUGGUGGAGGAGAGCCUGGCAUUGGUAGUGGAGAGCCUGGCAAUGGUGGUGACGAGCCUGGCAAUGGUGGUGACGAGCCUGGCAAUGGUGGCGGAGGAGUGCAAGGCAAUGGUGGAGGAGAGCCUUGCAAUGGUGGUGGAGAGCCUGGCAAUGGCGGAGGAGAGCCUGGCAAUGGUGGAGGAGAGCCUGGCAAUGGUGGAGAAGAGCAAGGCAAUGGUGGUGGAGGAGUGCAAGUCAAUGGUGGUGGAGGAGUGCAAGGCAAUGGUGGUGGAGAGCCUGGCAAUGGUGGAGAGCAAGGCAAUGGUGGAGGAGUACAAGGCAAUGAUGGAGGAGUACAAGGCAAUGAUGGAGGAGUACAAGGCAUUGGAGAGCCUGGCAAUGGUGGUAGAGAGCCUGGCAAUGGUGGAGGAGUACAAGGCAAUGGUGGCGGAGUGCAAGGCAAUGGUAGUGGAGAGCAAGGCAAUGGUGGAGGAGGAGAACAAGGCAAUGGUGGAGGAGGAGUACAGGGCAAUGGUGGACGAGGAAUACAGGGCAAUGGUGGAGGAGUACAAGGCAAUGGUGGAGGAGAGCAAGGCAAUGGUGGAGAUGAUGCAAGAUGAGGAAGCCCGUAGUGGAUGAAACUGAACAUAGACUAUCAGUACUACUUAAAUAUGUAUAUACUUGUAAUAAAAAGUUUGUUUUUUGUAAUUUGACUCAUCUCGUUCUUUAUUACCAAAUCCAAUAAGAUGUAUAUAACCCUGAUAUGUUGUCUUUGAAGCAUUUUGUAAAAUUGGUAAUGACCCCAAUAGCCUGAGGAUUAGCGCAUUACUGUCCCUACAAAACGUCUGCAGGCACGUGGUUUGCAGAAGCGUGACGAGCAUCCUG